GGUAGCACGAUUCCUGCGGGCCGCGACACCGGGCGCUAAACAGUGCAGUCCCGAGCUUCCCCUGCAGAAGCCGCGCUCCUCACUUGGUCCGGGGGUAGAGGGGGCGCGAGAGAGCAAGUGGGCGGGCGUCCUAUUCUCCGCAUCCUCCUCCAGGUCCUGGCGCGCAGGGUGGGAGCGCCGUGCCGCUCCGCGCUGCGCAUCGCGGCGGGCUAGCCGCCUGCCCCCUGCCCUAGCUGGGCCGCCUCCCCCGGCUGCCGGUGGAGGGCUACGAGGCGCUAACGUUACGCUGUUUCCGGUUUUCAAGCGGGCUCUGUUUCCCCUCCCAAGGCGGCGGCGGCGGAGCGGCGGAGCCCCCCAAAUGGCCUGGCCAGAUGCGGCAGGUUUGCUGCUCAGCGCUGCCGCCGCCGCCACUGGAGAAGGCUCCGUGCAGCAGCAACAGCGACAGCAGCAGCAGCAGCGGCAGCAGCAGCAGCAGCAGCAGCAGCAGCGAGAGGAGCAGCAGCAGCAGCAGCAGCAGCGAGAGCAGCAGCAGCAGCAGCAGCAGCAACAGCAGCAGCAGCGAGAGCAGCAGCAGGAGCAGCAGCAGCAGCAGCAUCUCCUCCCGUCCCGCUGCGCCCCCAGAGCCGCGGCCGCCGCAACAGCCGCAGCCCCGCAGCCCCGCAACCCGGAGAGCCGCCGCCCGCUCUCGAGCCGCAGCCGCCGGCGGCAUGAGGCGCGACCCGGCCCCCGGCUUCUCCAUGCUGCUCUUCGGUGUGUCGCUCGCCUGCUACUCGCCUAGCCUCAAGUCGGUGCAGGACCAGGCGUACAAGGCACCCGUGGUGGUGGAGGGCAAGGUACAGGGGCUGGCCCCGGCCAGCGGCUCCAGCUCCAACAGCACCCGCGAGCCACCCAGCUCGAGUCGGGUGGCGCUGGUGAAGGUGUUGGACAAGUGGCCGCUCCGGAGUGGGGGGCUGCAGCGCGAGCAGGUGAUCAGCGUGGGCUCCUGUGCGCCGCUCGAAAGAAACCAGCGCUACAUCUUUUUCCUGGAGCCCACUGAGCAGCCCUUAGUCUUUAAGACGGCUUUUGCCCCUAUCGACACCAACGGCAAAAACCUCAAGAAAGAGGUGGGCAAGAUCCUGUGCACUGACUGCGCCACCCGGCCCAAGCUGAAGAAGAUGAAAAGCCAGACGGGGCAGGUGGGUGAGAAGCAGUCACUGAAGUGCGAGGCCGCAGCGGGCAACCCUCAGCCCUCCUACCGCUGGUUCAAGGAUGGCAAGGAGCUCAACCGCAGCCGCGACAUUCGCAUCAAGUACGGCAAUGGCAGAAAGAACUCACGACUACAGUUCAACAAGGUGAAGGUGGAGGACGCUGGGGAGUAUGUCUGCGAGGCUGAGAACAUCCUGGGGAAGGACACAGUCCGUGGCCGGCUCCACGUCAACAGCGUGAGUACCACUCUGUCAUCCUGGUCGGGGCACGCCCGGAAGUGCAACGAGACAGCCAAGUCCUACUGCGUCAAUGGAGGGGUCUGCUACUACAUCGAGGGCAUCAACCAGCUCUCCUGCAAAUGUCCAAACGGAUUCUUCGGACAGAGAUGUUUGGAGAAACUGCCUUUGCGAUUGUACAUGCCAGAUCCUAAGCAAAAACACCUUGGAUUUGAACUAAAGGAAGCCGAGGAGCUGUACCAGAAGAGGGUCCUGACUAUCACCGGCAUCUGCGUGGCUCUGCUGGUGGUGGGCAUUGUCUGCGUUGUCGCCUACUGCAAGACCAAAAAACAGCGAAAGCAGAUGCAUAAUCACCUCCGGCAGAACAUGUGCCCUGCCCACCAGAACCGGAGCUUAGCCAAUGGGCCCAGCCACCCCCGGCUGGACCCCGAGGAGAUCCAGAUGGCAGAUUACAUCUCCAAGAAUGUGCCAGCCACGGACCACGUCAUCCGGAGGGAAACCGAGACCACCUUUUCUGGGAGCCACUCCUGUUCUCCUUCUCACCACUGUUCCACGGCCACCCCCACCUCCAGCCACAGGCAUGAGAGCCACACGUGGAGCCUGGAACGUUCUGAAAGCCUGACCUCCGACUCACAAUCAGGCAUCAUGCUGUCUUCAGUGGGCACCAGCAAGUGCAACAGCCCGGCAUGUGUGGAGGCCCGGGCACGGCGGGCAGCAGCCUACAGCCUGGAAGAGCGGCGCGGGGCAGCUGUGCCACCUUACCAUGACUCUGUAGACUCCCUGCGUGACUCCCCACACAGCGAGAGGUACGUGUCGGCACUGACCACGCCCGCGCGCCUGUCUCCCGUGGACUUCCACUACUCGCUGGCCACGCAGGUGCCGACUUUUGAGAUCACGUCCCCUAACUCGGCGCACGCAGUGUCGCUGCCGCCGGCCGCGCCCAUCAGCUACCGCCUGGCGGAGCAGCAGCCGCUACUGCGGCAGCCGGCGCCCCCCGGCCCGGGGCCCGGGCCGGGCGCGGACAUGCAGCGCAGCUACGACAGCUACUACUACCCCGCGGCGGGGCCGGGGCCAAGGCGCGGGGCCUGCGCGCUGGGCGGCAGCCUGGGCAGCCUGCCCGCCAGCCCCUUCCGCAUCCCGGAGGACGACGAGUACGAGACCACGCAGGAGUGCGCGCCCCCGCCACCGCCGCGGCCGCGCGCUCGCGGCGCGUCCCGCAGGACGUCGGCGGGGCCCCGGCGCUGGCGCCGCUCGCGCCUCAACGGGCUGGCGGCGCAGCGCGCACGCGCGGCGCGGGACUCGCUAUCGCUGAGCAGCGGCUCUGGUGGCGGCUCGGCUUCUGCCUCGGACGACGACGCGGACGGGGCGCUGGCGGCCGAGAGCACGCCUUUUCUCGGCCUGCGCGGCGCUCACGACGCGCUGCGCUCGGACUCGCCGCCGCUGUGCCCGGCGGCCGACAGCAGGACUUACUACUCCCUGGACAGCCACAGCACGCGGGCCAGCAGCAGACACAGCCGCGGGCCGCCCCCGCGGGGCAAGCAGGACUCGGCGCCCCUCUAGGGGCCCCCGCCGCCCGCCGCCCCCUCCGCCUCGCCUGCCCCACUGUCUUUAAGGAGGACAGAGACCACCGCCUGGAGAGAAAAAGGAGGAAAAAAAGAAAUAAAAAUAUUUUUAUUUUCUAUAAAAGGAAAAAGGUAUAACAAAAUGUUUUAUUUUCAUUUUAGCAAAAAUUCUCUUAUAAUACUAGCUAACGGCAAAGACGUUUUUAUAGGGAAACUAUUUAUAUGUAACAUCCUGAUUUACAGCUUCGGAAAAAAAAAAGAAACAACAAAAAAAAAGAGAGAUGGGCCAAUUUUUUGACUCUUUAAUAGAAACCUAUAUUGUGGUGCCUUUUGCUGUACGCUAAUCUGGGGCUCCUGGAGAGAAGUCGGGUUGUGGGGUGGGGGUUAGGGGAAUGUAGGAUCCCAAGCUGGCAGGGGUAAGAGGAAGCUGGCAAAGAAGAGGCUGCUGGGUGCUGGUGGGGGCGGGGAGGGGACUGGCCCUGAGGAAGAAAAUGAGAACAGUAGCAGCUUUGCCCCUAGGCAGAUCUUGAGUUCCUGACCCCCUGAAGAGAAGGCAGGGAUCUAGGCUAGGAGCUAGAGCUGGGGUCAGGUAACAUUCAGGGGGAGACUUAAGGCCCAGCGACAGCAACCAGAAUGGGGAGAGGGCCUCCCUGUUCCUUACAGCUGCUAAGGGAGGGGGCACUGAGACAGAGAUCUUCCCGACAGUCCUGGCUCCAGGGAGGGGGCAGCUCUUCCAGGGCCCCAACUUUCCGGCUCCUCCUCCCAGUGGCCUCCAGGAUGCCCUUCCGUCCUCUGCAGCACCUUCGUUUACAGGUUGUCUUUUCUAUUUUAUGCCUGCAUGUCCUUUGCAUUUCAGAUUCUUUAGAUUGGAUGCAUGGUCACGCUGGGACCAAGAAGAGCCACUCCACAGUGUAUUUGAUUCCCCUUUUAGCAAUAAAGUUAACACCAUUUCUUCCAGACCCCAAGCCACCUACGACUUCCACUCCCUCUCCAGCCCUGUCCUCCCCACCCCCGCAAAACUGGGUCCACUGCUAAUUUGUCAAAAAAGUAAUUGUUUCAAAAAAAAAAAACCACAAAAACAAAAAAUACACCAAACAAACAAAUGGGAACCCUGCCCUGAAAUGUCCAAACACCUGACUGUUGACACUUGAACAUUUUUAUAUUAUAAAUAAAAUCAGAAAUAACUCA